UUGAGAAGCCGCCGUUCGCGGUCCGCGUUAUAGAAAUAGAUUCGAGUGAAGCACCGCUAAAAAUACGAAAAUACUGAGCGACUUUUCGCCAGUUUUCCUCCUUGCUGCGGCCUAACACUAUCGCGGUCGGUCCCACGAGAAAAAAAAAACUGUUUUUUUUUGUAUGCCGAAGAGGCCGGGAAAGUGCGCGAAAAUUACAACGAGCCCGAUCGAGAUAGUGUGAAUCUGCCGGAAAAAUCGAUACCUGUUCCGUUAUAAUUUUUUUAUUCGUUUUUAUACUCGCUUCUCCUAUAGUAGUUUUUAUUCGAUUAUUAUAUAGUUACAUAAAGGAAUCUAUUGAAUUUUCCCCGUUAGUUCGAAACACGUUUUAUUUACGUUAGUGUCCUGUUAUUAUUUUUAAUUAACCGACCGAAUAAAUAUGUCGCAACUGAUGAAACGAAGAUUUCCCUCUCUCACCAGCAUAGAUUUAGAGUCUGACGGAAAUACAGCGUUCUUGCGUGCUGCCCGUAAUGGCCAACUCGAUAAGGUUUUAGAACAUUUGAAAUCUAAUAUCGACAUCAACACUAGCAAUGCAAACGGCUUAAACGCUCUGCACCUCGCCUCGAAAGACGGCCACGUUCAAAUCGUCGAAGAGCUACUGAAGCGCGGCGCCGUCGUCGAUGCGGCGACGAAGAAGGGAAACACCGCUUUGCACAUAGCCUCGCUAGCCGGCCAAGAGGAGGUGGUCAAGCUGCUGGUGCAGCAUGGCGCCUCCGUCAACGUGCAAAGCCAGAACGGCUUCACGCCGUUGUACAUGGCCGCCCAGGAGAACCACGACAACGUCGUCAAGUACCUGCUCGCCAACGGGGCGAACCAAAGCUUAUCGACGGAGGAUGGUUUCACACCGUUGGCGGUGGCCAUGCAACAAGGUCACGAUAAAGUAGUCACAGUUUUACUAGAAAACGACACUAGAGGCAAAAUAAGACUUCCAGCUUUGCAUAUAGCAGCUAAAAAAGACGACGUCAAAGCAGCGAAAUUACUCUUAGAGAACGAACACAAUCCGGACGUGACUUCGAAGUCCGGAUUUACUCCUCUCCAUAUAGCUUCGCAUUACGGUAACCAGCAAAUAGGCAACCUUCUGAUCCAAAAGGGCGCCGAUGUGAAUUACUCCGCCAAGCACAACAUCACGCCCCUGCACGUCGCCGCUAAAUGGGGCAAAAGCAACAUGGUGACUCUGCUCCUCGAGCACGGAGCUACCAUCGAGGCCAAAACCAGAGACGGACUAACGCCUCUGCAUUGCGCCGCCCGAAGCGGGCACGAGCAAGUCGUCGACAUGCUGCUCGACAGAGGCGCUCCUAUCAGCUCAAAAACCAAAAACGGUCUAGCGCCCCUUCACAUGGCUGCUCAAGGCGACCACAUGGACGCGGCGCGCAUCCUCCUCUUCCACCGGGCGCCCGUAGACGAGGUCACCGUGGACUAUUUGACCGCUCUGCACGUGGCCGCUCACUGCGGUCACGUGCGGGUCGCCAAAAUGCUCCUGGACCGGCAGGCGGACGCCAACGCUCGCGCUUUGAACGGAUUCACCCCGUUGCAUAUAGCUUGCAAGAAGAAUCGAAUAAAAGUGGUGGAGCUGUUGCUCAAGCACGGCGCAAGUAUCGGUGCUACAACUGAGAGCGGUUUGACGCCGUUGCAUGUAGCUAGUUUUAUGGGCUGUAUGAAUAUUGUUAUAUAUCUGCUUCAACACGAUGCUAAUCCGGAUGUGCCGACUGUGCGUGGUGAAACACCAUUGCAUUUAGCUGCUAGAGCGAAUCAGACUGAUAUAAUCAGGAUAUUGUUGAGAAACGGGGCUCAAGUAGACGCCAGGGCUAGGGAACAACAAACUCCGCUUCACAUAGCUUCUCGUUUAGGAAACGUCGAUAUUGUCAUGCUUCUUUUGCAACACGGUGCUAAAGUUGAUAACGCUACCAAAGAUAUGUACACGUCUCUUCAUAUCGCCGCCAAGGAAGGACAAGAUGAGGUCGCUGGCGUGUUAUUGGAAAACGGUGCUUCGCUAGAUUCCACCACGAAAAAAGGCUUUACGCCUCUACAUUUGGCGGCGAAAUACGGCCAUCUAAAAGUAGCGAAACUCCUGCUGCAGAAGGAAGCCCCGGUCGAUGCUCAAGGCAAAAACGGCGUCACGCCACUGCACGUCGCCUCGCAUUACGAUCACCAAAACGUCGCCCUGCUUCUACUCGACAAGGGCGCCUCGCCGCACGCGACCGCCAAAAACGGCCACACUCCUCUCCACAUCGCGGCCAGGAAGAACCAAAUGGACAUCGCCAACACGCUUCUGGAAUACGGCGCGAAACCCAACGCCGAAAGCAAAGCCGGCUUCACUCCUCUACAUCUCAGCGCGCAGGAAGGACACGCCGAAAUGUCCGCGUUGCUGUUGGAGCACAAAGGCGAUGCCAAUCACGAAGCAAAGAACGGUCUGGCGCCGCUGCAUCUCUGCGCCCAGGAGGACAGAGUACCGGUCGCCGAGGUGCUGGUGAAGAACGGGGCCGACGUAAAUUGCGCCACCAAAGGGGGCUACACGCCUCUGCACAUAGCCAGCCACUAUGGGCAGGUGAAUAUGGUGAGGUUCCUGCUUCAGAACGGCGCCAACAUCGAAUCGACGACGUCUCUGAACUACACGCCCCUUCAUCAGGCCGCUCAGCAGGGCCAUGCUACUAUCGUUAAUAUUUUAUUGGAGCAUAACGCCGAUCCUAAUGCAGUAACAACGAACGGCCAAACGCCCUACAACAUAGCCCAAAAAUUGGGCUACAUAACUGUGAUCGAAACGCUGAAAGUCGUUACAACCGUCACCAAAAUCACCACCACAACCACCACCAACGUGGAAGAAAAAUACAAAGUCCAAGCUCCCGAGCUCAUGCACGAGACCUUCAUGUCCGAUUCCGAAGAAGAAGGCGGGGAGGAUAUAUUGGAGGGAAUCGGUACUGCUCCGCACGAACGACACGUCUAUCUGCCAUAUUUCUGCGGUACCUCAAUGUUGAAUCGCGAAGACACCGUACUGGGAGAUCACACCUACAGGUAUCUCACAGCCGACGAAAUGAAGUCCUUAGGGGACGAUUCCUUGCCCAUAGAUGUUACCAGGGACGAACGAAUAGACUCCAACAGGAUGGUCACCACCGUGGACGGGAUGCCCCCGAUGAUCAUCGAAGAUACAAUCAGCCCCGAGCACAUUACCCAGAAUUACAUGGAGUACAUGAAGAAGUACGCCCCGGAUAAUAUAGACAUCUCCAGGCAUCCGAUUAAUAUAGGGAAGCUUCACUGGAAAAAUUUCUUAGUGUCUUUCCUGGUGGACGCCCGCGGCGGAGCGAUGCGCGGCUGUCGACAUUCGGGCGUGAGAGUGAUAGUGCCCCCGAGGUGCGCCCCGAGCCCCACGCGGAUCACCUGCAGAUAUGUCAGGCCCCAGAGGACGCCGCAUCCGCCCCCUCUCAUGGAGGGCGAGGCGCUGGCCAGCAGGGUGCUGGAGCUCGGCCCCGUCGGCGCCAAAUUCCUAGGGCCAGUAAUCAUAGAAGUGCCGCACUUUGCAGCACUGCGCGGCAAAGAGCGCGAAAUAGUCAUCUUGAGAUCCGAUAACGGAGAAUCCUGGAAAGAACACUCCGUAGAUGCCAGCGAAGAAAUACUCAACCAAGUCCUCCACGAUAGCUUCGAAGCCGAAGAUCUAAGUCAACUGGAGGACGUCUCCUCGGGCAGGAUAACCAGAAUCGUAACGCAGGACUUUCCGCAGUAUUUCGCGGUGGUGUCGAGGAUUCGGCAAGAGGUCCACGCCAUCGGCCCCGAGGGCGGGAUGGUGUCCAGCACGGUGGUGCCCCAGGUGCAGGCGGUGUUCCCCGAGGGCGCGCUCACCAAAAAGAUCAAAGUCGGCCUUCAGGCCCAGCCCAUCGAUCCUGUGCUAACGGCCAAGUUGCUCGGUCAUGGAGUAGCGGUUUCUCCGGUGGUUACCGUAGAACCCAGGCGAAGGAAAUUCCACAAGGCCAUUACAUUGAGCAUGCCGGCUCCGAGGGCCCAUUCCCAAGGCAUGAUCAACCAAUAUUCCGGCUCGGCGCCGACCUUAAGGCUACUUUGCUCGAUAACCGCAACCAACAUGCCUCCGCCUUCGUCAAGGACGAAACAGAAAUCGUUGGCCGACGACGAUGGCGACGAAACAUUGCUGGAACGAUUAGAAGGGCUGCUGGAAAUGAUACCGGAAUCGGUGGUAAACACCAUCGGCUCGACCACCGAGUGCACCAUCAACGGCAUCAAGUGCCUCUAUCAGUGCACCAGAACGAUCGUCUGGAUCAUGUUCAGCACGUCGAUCAUACUGUUCGCGCCCAUCAUAUUCGAAGUGGAACGUGCCGAAGUGGAGGAGUUCCAGAAGAGCCAACAAAAGCAACUAUUACUAGGACCGAAUUCAGCGCUUCCCGGGGGCAUUCCGCCGCCCCUCGUACCAUCAAGCAAAUAA